AUGUCAACUGAUAAACCAGAUCUGCAAGAAGGUCAACCACACGAUCUGAUUCUUUCCACGGCAGAAGAAGUUAUACAGUCGCAAGCAGAAUCGAAGAAGAACAAGAAAAAGAAGUGUCGUGGUAAUCGUAAACUACAAAGAUUUAGAGCAAAACUGAGACGACAAGGAUUGAAUAAUGAAGCAAUUACAACAGUAAUAAAUACAUAUAAUAAUCCAUCUCGACCUGAAGAAGAAGAAAACGUACAGAAUACUGAUGUGAAUGUACAAGAUUUUAUUGAAUUACAUCAACAGGCACAGGAAGAAGUACAUGGAAUGGUUCAAGAAAUGGCAACAAAGCGAAAACGAGAACUACGAGGAGGUGUGACAACAUCUAUCAGUCAAGUGUCUAUUGCUCAACCUUUGACUAAACGACAACGUUCAACAACAAUUAUUGAUUUGACUCAAGUUAGAAAUAAUUCUAAGAAAUCAAAAGACAAAACAAAACCAAAUUAUUUGAAUACAUCAGAUCAUGUCUUCAAACAGAUGUUAUCAAAAGCAUUGGAAGGUGUGGAAAAUACUAUUCAAUCACUAGAUACACCAGAGAAAUUACAAUAUGCUCGUACUUAUGCACAAUUAGUUAAUGACUUGUUCUAUCUUCGAUUAAAACAAGAUUAUUGGGAUCAUUAUUAUAAGAUAACUACAACUACAAGUAUAUGGUCUCUGGAAUUAUCAAAACAAAUAAUUAAAGAAAAUAAUUUAAAUCGAAUUUAUUUUAUGACACAAAAUAAUGUACAGAAACGUCGACAGAUGGUCAUUGAAGAAUUGAAACAAACAGAGAAUGAAUUAGAUAAACAUAAACAAUUGCUAACUGACCAAUUCAUUGAUCUAAAGAAAUUAUCAAUGGUGAUUCCUGCAUUUGUACGAAAAGGUCAAUAUAAAUUGUCCGCUGAUUUUCAACACAGAACACAACUUUUACAAUUGGAUGCCAAUGAUUAUUGUUUAGUACAAGCAUUUUAUAAAUUGAAUCCAUCUGAAGAUCAGAUUAGAUCAGCAAAAAUCAUAUGGCAAGCAACAUUUGAUAAACAACACAUGGAAGAAUAUGUGGCCAUAUUAAAACAACGUAUCUAUACCAAACGAUUACCUGCUUCGUUCGGUAUUCUCGAUCAUUCUAUUGAUAAUGCAGAACAAAUGUUGAAACAACUUGUACUUCAUGCAGAUAAACGUGCUACAUUAUCAUCUCGACGUCUUAAAACCAUUGCUCAAUUCAAAUAUGAUCUACUUACAUUAGAGAUUACAACAAGUGAAGAAUUAAUUCGUAGUCAUACUAAUAUUAUUGUCAAUGAAAAGAAGAAGUUAACUGAUUCUGCUACUACUACUACUACUGCACAAGUUCCAUUAUCAAAAUCACUUGUUUCAAUCUUAAAUGCUAUCGCUGCACGUCAAUCCAAUAUUAUCCAACGUGCUCAACUGAUUACUAAACAAAAAUUUCAUAUUCUUCCAUCGUCACCAAUUAUUGAAGUCGAUUCAUCUUUGUCAUCAAAACAAUUAGCAUUUCUUGCGAAUGGUCCUAAAUAUGUACCUACAUGUCAAAGUCGAUUUUCACAUUCAAACAUCGAUGUUAUUAUCAAACAAGAACAUGAAAACAUUAUAAAAUCAUUUAAAAAUACUCUCACAGAUAAUUGUCUAUCGAUCUCUGAUCAACGAGCCAAAGAAUUCUUUAUGUCUAUUGAAAAUCUUCUUUGUCAGCUACAAACACAAUCUGUAUCACAUCGAUUAUCAACUCGUAUUCGACACGAUGAUAAAAUGAUUAGAAGUAUUCAACGUAUACAGAAACAAGAAAAUAUUGUUUUACGAAGAACAGAUAAGAGUAAAGUGUUUCAUUUGGGAAGUACUGAGAGUUACCAUCAUAAAUCAAUGGAAUAUAUGCAAAAAACAAAGGCAUACAAAGAAAUAACAAGUGGAAUUAAUCCAUGUAUGGAUCAUUUACAUCAAGUUUUAACAUUUAUAAAUCCGUUGUUACAGAAAAAGAUUAUUGAUCUUAAAUUAUGGAAACAAUGGAUGCAUCCAAAUAUUGAAACAAUUGAAUUAGCACAUCUUUACUUCAUACCCAAACCACACAAGAUUGAUACACCGUUGAGACCUAUUGUAUCAUCGAUACGAGCUGCAGCAAAAGGUUUAUCACAUUUCUUAGAUCAAUUACUUCGUCCAAUAUUUGAUCGAGCAGCAAGACAAACAACGCUUAUUAAUGGAAUUCAUUUUGUUCGACGAUUAGAAUUAUAUCGAGAUAUUGGUCGUCUAUCAUCAACAACUACUUUUAUUACAUUUGAUGUUACUGAUCUCUAUACAAUGAUACCUCGUGAUGGAGCUCUAUACAUUUUAGAAGAAUUCUUAAAUAAAUAUGCAAGAAAUGGUCGAAUCCAUAGUAUGCCAAUUGAUACUAUUAUGAAAAUGGCUCAUCUUAUUUUGAAUACAAAUUGUUUUGUAUUCGAAAAUAAAUAUUAUGAACAAAUUCGUGGUGGUGCUAUGGGAUCACCAUUUACAAUGACUCUAGCGAAUAUCUAUAUGUUAAAAUGGGAACAAUCAUUAAUUGAACAUCAAAAAUUUCAUAAUGAACUCUAUGGACGAUAUAUCGAUGAUGUAUUUAUGACUACAAAUCUAUCUGUUGAUCAAAUUAAUCUGAUGUUAGACAGAGCAAAUGGAAAAGAUGAGAAUAUACGUAUUAGUCGAUCAAUUGGAUCUACAAUCGAAUUUCUUGAUGUUUUAGUAAACAAUAAUCAUGGACAAUUACAUACUUCAGUUUAUCAUAAACCAGCAGCAGAACCAUAUAUUGUUCCAUUUUUAUCAGAUCAUCCACGUUAUAUUCAUCGCAAUACGGUUAAAGGUGCUCUUUUUCGAGCAGUUCGUCUAUGUUCAAACGUAGAAGACUUUGACAAAGAACGAUUGAACAUUGAACUUAUGUUAUUAUUAAAUGGCUAUCCACCAAAGUUUGUUUCCUAUCAUUUUAAACAAUUCUUUGAACAGCAUCAUAUUAUGUCAUUGAUGAAUGAAUUGAAUGAUGAUAUCUAUCGAGAAUUACAUCACAAAUUAAUUCUUCAACCAACAUAUCGAGAACGAGAAAGAGAACGACAAAUUUUUAAUAAAAAAGAGAUUCGUGUUCUUUUUACUUUUGAAAGUGGUCCAAAGUUACAAUUCAAGCGAGAACUCCAUCGAUUAUGGAAGAAAUAUUAUAUCUACGAAGGAUCAUUAGUCAAUGAUGUUAAACUAAAGUUUAGUUCAAAAAGCAAUAAAUCUCUCAAUGAACUACUUGUUAGAAAGAAACCACCACGAUCCAUGUUAGUCACUAAUCAUGCAACAACAUCUACAUAA